CUAGUAUCAUAACGUUCAUGUUCAUGGACAAUCAUUACUUCUGUAUACGACUCCUAUAAUAUUAUUAUCUAAAUAAUAAUCGCUCAUAUCUGUGAUAAGUGAAAAACAAAGUGUUUGUUUUUGUUCUGAAGUACCUACUUAGGUUUAGAACGUCAUCAAGUUCCUGCUCAACCUUUAGAUAAAACAAUAGAAAACAUAAAUGUAACCUUGUUUCAGUCCGUAUUGUGAAGUGGAAAUAUGCAUAGUGUUCGAAGAUCAGUUACGGUAAUAUCGACUGCUAGGCAGUUUAUAAGAGCCGUGAACAGCGCAACCAUCAGUGCAAAUGAGGAAAACCAUAACCUAAAAUCAUGGCAAGAAAUACCAGGUCCAUCAUCAUUACCUAUAAUAGGGCAAUUGCAUCAUUUUUUACCCGGAGGUUCUUUCUACAAGAGCGAAGACCUGAUAAAUACAGUUUUAUAUAAUACAUUUGGACCCAUCAUAAGGAUGGACGGUUACUUCGGCGCUCCUUCGAUUAUUAUGCUCUAUGAUGCAGAAGCUGCAGCACUUGUGCUUAGGGGCGAAAAUUGGAUGCCGAUCCGCCCGGGUUUUCAAUCGCUUCAUUAUUUUCGAAAUAAUUAUUACAAGAAGCAAGGUGCUGCCCCCGACGCGCCGACUGGGCUGAUUACAGACCAUGGUGAGAUAUGGAAAAAAUUUCGAUCGACCGUAAAUCCCAUUUUGUUACAACCAAAAACUAUUAAACUAUACACCAAUACACUUAAUGAAGUAGCUGAAGACAUGAUUGAAAGGAUGAGACUUAUACGCAACGAGAAAAAUAUGUUAGAGGGAAAUUUCGACCUUGAGAUGAACCUAUGGGCAUUAGAGUCCAUUGGUGUUGUAGCUCUUGGCGGUCGUCUGAACUGCUUCGAUCCCAAUCUACCUGAAAGUUCUCCUGCAAAAAAACUGAUACACUUGGUGCACGAUAUAUUUAGCGCAGCAGAUAAAUUGGACUUCAAGCCAAGUCUGUGGCGAUACAUUUCAACGCCUACAUUCAAAAAGGCGAUGAAGUUGUACGAGGACCAAAUUAAGAUAAGUAAACACUUCAUCGCAGAGGCUAUGAAAAAGCUCGAAUCCAAGAACCAGCCUUCUACAGAAGAAAAAGGCGUUUUAGAGAAAUUGCUUGAAAUUGACGAGCAUGUAGCAGUUAUUAUGGCUAGCGAUAUGUUAUUUGCUGGGGUCGAUACGGCUGCUAAUACUAUGACAUCAACGCUAUAUUUGCUGGCCAAAAAUCAAGAUAAACAGAAUAAAUUAAGACAAGAGAUUCUUUCGGAUAAAGAAAAGCGUCCUUAUCUCAAAGCUUGUAUAAAGGAGUCUAUGAGAAUACUGCCAAUUGUGGCAGGUAACAUGAGGCAAACUACGAAGGAAUACAAUAUUUUAGGCUACAAAAUACCCAAAGAUACAUACAUAGCAUUCAAUCAUCAGGCUUUAUGCAUGUUGGAAGAACAAUUUCCACAGCCAGAAAAAUAUAUCCCUGAAAGAUGGAUCGUUGAUAAAGAGGAUCCCUUGUAUCACGGAAACGCACAUCCGUUCGCUUGGAACCCUUUUGGAUUUGGAGUUCGCUCGUGCAUUGGUCGACGAAUAGCCGAAUUGGAAAUCGAGACGUUCCUCGCUAAAGUGAUCGAGAAUUUUCAAGUGGAAUGGUUUGGACCGCCGCUAAAGACAAAACCAAGCUCUCUGAACUAUGCUGUUGGACCUUUCAACUUUAUAUUUAAAGAUGUUUAGUUUCAUAAAAAUAAUAAUAACAGCGUAAUAGAAAAUAUGGCCGUUUUUUCCGGUAAUCAUUUAUUUUUAUGAUUUAGAAAACAUCAAUGUAAUAAGAUCACUACUCAUGUUAUUAUAAAUGCGGAAGUGUGCUUGUUUGUAGGUUUGUUCUACAAUCACGUUGCAAUGGAGCAAUGGAUUGACGUGAUAUUUUGCAUGUAUAUUGAAUUUAACUAGAAUUUAAAUAAGUACAACUUAAAUACAAUACGAACAAGUCUUGUACCCUCUGCACUAGGAAAGACCUGUAUUGCAGAAAGUAGUUCCUCAGGAAUACAAAGUUUUAUUUGUCUAAUAUUAUCUAGACUAGCCUUAAAUUAUGGCUGUGUGAUUGAUAUAAGUAGUUAACUUUUUAUCUCGGAAAAUUAAAGAGACACGCAGGAUUUGUAAAAACCUAUUUGUACUCAGUUGCGGGCAUUAGAGAGCUAGCUAGGUAGGUAAACCAAUGAAUAAAUCAUACUACAAUUAAUUAUACUUAUGGCAAAAGUUUGCACGUAUAUAAAAACUAACGACAGAUUCGACUACAAUUGGAAUUACAAAUUCACUAAAUAGAUAUACCUUUUAUAUUUAUUUAGUGAAUUUUAUUUGUGAAACCUAAACAAAAUUUAGAUUUCAUAACAUUGUUUCUAUCCUCCUUGAUCUCUCUACCUAUUCACUCUCUUUACUAAUUCAAAGUGGAAGUCAAAGCCUUUUAUUCAAAAUGGGUACCUAAUACCUACCGCUGAUUUUACAUUAUUGAUACAUUUUUUGAUUGCCAAUUGUUGAAUUUGACAAAUAAAUUGAAGUAAGUAAUGGUGAUUAUUUAUUACUGAAAACUAAAGUUGCGAGAGUUUCAAGCUCGCCUUGUCUGAGAAGAAGCUUUUGAACAACGAAAGCGAGCGAGCUUUCGUUGUUCAUCUGUUACGCCCACAAUUUGCCUUCACUAGCCUUAGAUACUCGGUAUGUAGGUAAGCACCAUAAUAACAAACUGACCCUUCUCAUCUUCUCAUACAAACAGAAGCUGUCGACGCAAUAAGGUUUCAUGACAUAAUAUUUUGUAAGCAGCACACGUAUUCGAGUCAUCGCGUUAAUUCUCUCUUACGAAAAGUAUUAGAACUACACAAGAGGCGCCGAUUUUUUUUCCUAGAAUAUUUUUUUCAGUAAUAGAUUUAAUUUAUACAUUAAGAUAUUAUAUUAUACUUUUUAAGAUUUUUAGUUUUAGGCUCUUUGUUUUAAUAAUUUAGUUUUAAAUAUUCAGAAUAAAUGUAUACUUAUAUAAUUAAUGGAUAUUUAUGUUCAAAAAAUACAAAUAGGUAGAAUAAAUUAUUAAUUGCUGAGAGUACAUCUUGUGAUUUCUUUAUUUCUGCAUUUCAGAUUUCUCCUAUCUGGGUAGGUACCUACCUAUACCUAUUAGUCAGACAAUUCUACCACAGAAUUUAAUAAUUUUAAAGGUCUUUUACUUAUUUAUUAUGGUUUUCCUUAUAAAGUACAAUUAGAGCAUCAAUAGCUCAACGGUAAAGGGGACUGAAUCCGAAAGGUCGCCGGUUCAACACUGUUUGUUGCGCUAUUGUCGUACGUACUCCUAGCACAAUCUUUACGCGUAGUUGGAGAGAAAAGUGGAAUUUUAGUCAGUAUGAUAAAAUUAAAUAAUUUUCUU